AUGGCAUUCGGCGCUUUCAGCUCAGAGCCUCGCGGCCGCUACGAACAAGUCGAUUCCGAAGAACAAAACCUUCCCCCAGGAACCCAGAGAGUAGGCUACGAUGCCGAUACCCAAGUCUAUACUUACCAAGAGCCAUCCGGCGCUCUUUUCAACCAACCCAAAUAUUCCACAGUCCCCAUCAACAGCAAGAAAGAACGCAGUGCAGAAUGGCGCUACCUCGCUCCCUUCAUCCUGAUAAUCGGAAUAGUCCUCCUGGGCACGUUCCGCUACGUCAACACCAGCAGCAGCACGACUCAUCUAGAAUGUCUCGGCGACCUGGAACUCUACGAUGUUGUCGACGGCGAUACGUGCUACGAUAUUGCGCAGGCGAGACAGACAGAUCUGGACGGACUGAAGGUUGCAAAUCCGUGGGUGAGGUGCGAGGGGUUGAAGGCUGGGAGUCAGAUUUGUGCGCCCAAGGUGGGAACCAUGCCACCUGUGUCUGCGCCGGUGUCUUCACCUGUGGAGGAGGGGAAGGAGGAAGGUGGUGAGAGGCUGGGUCAUGGAGGCCCGAGGCCGCAGUGUUGGCAGAUCAUGUGUAAUCCGUACAGCGGUGGGGAUGCGCAUUGUAAGGCUGAGGGGUGUGGGAAGGGGUGUUCGAGCCGCAGUAGUAAGUGUGAAGCGUAG